AUGACAGACCCGUACAGUCUCAGAGAGGAACUAGACUGCCCUUCUACACAGCCCAAGUGUUUUAGAUGCAGUAAAUUUGGCCAUCUGGCCAAGGAUUGCCCAGUUGGGGCAAGUCAGUCUGUAGAUUCUCAGAGGGUGGAGCGACCUAGAGCAGCAGGGCGAGUUUUUGCUUUGUCAGGAGCAGAGGCUUCCACCUCACCAGCCUUGGUGAAGGGGAAGGGUAGAGCUGCAGGUACAGAGGUUUAUAUCUUGUUUGAUUCUGGUGGUACACACUCAUUUAUAUCUGCUGAUUGUGUGGGGAGAUUGGGUUUAUCAAUGUCUGCAUUGCAUGUUGAUUUGUCUGUGUCUACUCCGGCUUCAGUUUCUGUAGUUACGUCGGAGGUGUGUGUGGGUUGCCCGAUAGAGGUGUUUGGUAGAAGGAGAGAGUUGGUAUUUCCUCAGUUAGAGGAUGAGGUGUUAGUAUCAGCGGUACAGGCUGAGCAGUUGAUGAGAGAUGGAGCUGAGUGCUUUAUGUUGUUUGCAGCUUUGAGUAUUGAGACAGAGAGAGCUAUCACUGGGAUUGAGAUUGUCAGUGAAUUUCCUGAGGUGUUUCCAGAUGAUGUGUCGGGAUUGCCACCUAUGCGUGAUGUUGAGUUUAGCAUUGAUCUAGUACCUGGUGCAGGACCGGUAUCAGUGGCUCCUUAUAGGAUGACUCCAGCAAAGAUUUUCAGACCGUUCUUAGACAGAUUUGUGGUGGUCUUCAUUAAUGAUAUUUUGGUGUAUUCUAAAUUAUUGGAGGAUCAUCAGGGAAUUGCAGUGGACCCAGCCAAGGUGGAGGCUGUGAUUCAGUGGGAACGUCCGAAGACUGCUACAGAGAUUAGGAGUUUUGUUGGGUUGGCGGGUUACUAUCGGAGAUUCAUUGAGGGUUCAGAGAUUUGGAGAUGA